AUGAAGAAGCGGCUCUCAAGGGUGAAAAACGAGAGAAAGGUGGUCUCGUCCGAUGUGCUCACCAUCAACGGCACAACGCCAGACUUUGACGAAAAGCUUGAGGGGUAUUACGAGCCGACGACAAAAGCACAGGACGUAGUAUCGAUGGUCCUGGAAGGUUCCUGCUAUUACGAUGUGGAGCCUGAGGAGGAUGAAUGGAUUCGAAUCCAACUUGAACGAGGCGAUCUAAUUGUGAUUCCACAAGGUGUUUCUCAUCGUUUCACUGUCACUCCACAGAAUUAUGUACAGCUUCAGCGUUUCUUCCCCAAGAAGCCAGAUGAUGUGCAGGGAUAA